AUUUGUUGAGACCAAAUUAAUCUCAUUCAUUUUGUCAAUGGCUUCUUCUUUUACCGCCGGUUUUUAGGUCAAUGAUGUAGUCUAGUACAGACCAUUAUGUUUACAAGGAUUUUGGCUCAGUGAAACUUUUGGAAGCUUGAAGCCUUGCCUGGGAUCGAGGCUGGAAGAGGACGUAAAUGAAAAGUGGUUUCCAAAACAAACUAGAUUAGACUGCGGCUUGAAUAUCAGUGUGAAGAAGAUUUGCAAACCUCAGGUGAACCGACGGAAGAAUCACAGAAUCGAGAGAGGGCAGCUAAUCACAGUGAUAAAGAGAUGUCUUUGAGAGCCACAUGUAAAGAUAAAUCAAUCGGAUGAGUUUGGAAAAUAUGAGCGAGAAGGAGUGCAGUCCUCCUAAAUUUCUUCGGCUGGAUGAUUCAUUAUCCGAAGUAGGGGUAACGAAAUUUUGAAAUUUUGGGAUAUCACUUAGUUUAGAUUUCUUGACUAACACCACUAGCAGUUUCUCCAGCGUUGUGCGAACGUAUUCGUUUGAGAUUCAUUUCGUAGCGAAAAUGAUGUGAGGUCUUGGCAGUAUUAAAGCUUAAAUUCUUACUGAUCCAUAAGACACCGUUUUCGAAAACGGACUUGAAGGUCUCAGGCAAGACCUUGGAAUCUUGAACGAACUGUCGUACUACAUAUUGUUAUCAGUGACUUAUGAUAUAGAGUAUUCUUGAAAGAUUUUCAAUAAUGUGUGCAGAAAUUAUUUUUCGGGCCUUAAAAGAGAAGCUGCAUCUCGUAUUUUCCGUAAGAGGUUAAGGGUAUAGCGUAAUACGUGUAAUUUACUUCACGUAAAAUAAGUAGACUAAGUGCUUUCACACAUGCCACUUACCUCUGUGGCGAGAAGCAAAGUGGCUUCCUAUUUCUCUGUGAUGAAGUUUGAUUAAAGCAUAGCCAAGUGACAACUAAGUUUGGUUUCAUUGCAUUCCAGCACAGGCUCUGUACGCAGCUUGAGGAGUUAAGUUAGUUGGUUACAUAAUUUUACCAUUUAUUGCAUUUUUUCAAUCCUCUAUGGAAAAAUCUCAAAGUUUUAAAUGCGGUAACGAACAAUCUAAUGGAAACUAUGAAAUGUGUAAUGAUUUUAAGCAAUCUUUAAAACUGAUUGAAAAACAUAAAUUAGGAAGUAUCAAGUGAGCUAAUGUCCCUGUUUGAUUGCAUUUCAGCACAGGCUCUGUACGCAGCUUGAGGAGGUAAGUUAAAUGGUUACAUAAUUUUACCAUUUAUUGCAUUUUUUCAAUCCUCUAUGGUAAAAUCUGAAAGUUUUAAGUGCGGUAACGAACAAUCUAAUGGAAACUAUGAAAUGUGUAAUGAUUUUAAGCAAUCUUUAAAACUGAUUGAAAAACAUAAAUUAGGAAGUAUCAAGUGAGCUAAUGUCCCUGCAGAAGGAUAACUCUUUUGGGAUAUACAUGAUUGUAUGAAAGAAAAUGAGAUUUUAAUGCUCCAUGAUGUCAUUUACAUGUAGACGUAUGUUUUACCGUUAAGAGCUGUAGUGGAUUAAUUUCAGAAUGUGCUUACAUGAUUGUUAAAUAUAUGUGCAUUUACAUAUGCAAACAUGAAAGAAAUCUCUCAGGCUGACUUGUCAUCAGUUUUGAAACAUAUUUCCCUUUUGUGGUAGCAGAGUUUGUGCAGAAAGUUUUGUCCAACAAUUAGCAAACCAGAAUCUAUGUUUUAAUCUGGGAAAUUCUGAAAGAAAAAAUUUGGCAUGAAGCAGUGCAUACUGGUAAAAGCUGUGUAAAUUCCGAUGUACCUUUACCAAGUGACAUCAUGGCAUGAUUUUUAGCCAUAAAUAAUACAAUGUAAAGUGUUAAACUUAAACGAAAGGCACAAUGCUUUUACAUUUACAAACAGUGGAGAGAUCUUCCAGUCAGUGACAGUAAUAAUUAUCACUUUUAAAACAUAUUUUUUCCUCUUUUUCAGAGUCAAUGUAUCCAAGCAGAGAAUUAUGUCCAACAAGUAAUUAAUCAGGUGCCAUGUCAUGGAAGUUGGUCGUCCAGCAAUCCAGUCGGAGUUACCAUCCUAACAAAUGAACGGGGGUGCAGGUUGAGAUUUUGGGGAAACGAAUAAAUCCUCACAACAGAGUUGUCCACACAAUUUGCAAAAUUCCCUCAUGUGAAAGUCUCUGUCCUGGUCCCUGAAGGUUCAUGUGAUGAAC